AUGGUGACAGUGUCUCCGGUGACUGUGGCGAUGGUGACAGUGUCUCCAGUGACUGUGGCAAUGGUGACAGUAUCUCCAGUGACUGUGGCGAUGGUGACAGUGUAUCCAGUGACUGUGGUAAUGGUGACAGUGCCGAUGGUGACAGUUUCUCCUGUGACAGUGUCUCCGGUGACUGUGGCGAUGGUGAAAUUGUCUCCAGAGACUGUGGCGAUGGUGACAGUGUCUCCAGUGACUGUGACGAUAGUAAUAGUGUCUCCAGAGACUGUGGCAAUGGUGACAGUGUUUCUAGUGACUGUGACGAUAGUGAUAGUGUCUCCGGAGACUGUGGCAAUGGUGACAGUGUUUCUAGUGACUGUGACGAUAGUGAUAGUGUCUCCGGAGACUGUGGCAAUGGUAACAGUGACUGUGGCGAUGGUGACAGUGUAUCCAGUGACUGUGGUAAUGGUGACAGUGUCUCCUGUGACAGUGUCUCCGGUGACUGUGGCGAUGGUGAAAUUGUCUCCGGAGACUGUGGCGAUGGUGACAGUGUCUCCAGUGACUGUGGCGAUGGUGACAGUGUAUCCUGUGACUGUGGUAAUGGUGACAGUGACGAUGGUGACAGUGUUUCCAGUGACUGUGGCGAUGGUGACAGUGUCUCCAGUGACUGUGGCGAUGGUGACAGUGUUUCUAGUGACUGUGACGAUAAUGAUAGUGUCUCCAGAGACUGUGGCGAUGGUGAAAGUCUCCAGUGACAGUGACGAUAGUGGUAGUGUCUCCAGUGAUUGUGGCGAUGGUGAAUUUGUCUCCGGUGGGACUGUGGCGAUGGUGACAGUGUUUCUAGUGACUGUGACGAUAGUGAUAAUGUCUCCGGAGACUGUUGCGAUGGUGACAGUGUAUCCAGUGACUGUGGUAAUGGUGACAGUGUCUCCUGUGACAGUGUCUCCGGUGACUGUGGCGAUGGUGAAAUUGUCUCCGGAGACUGUGGCGAUGGUGACAGUGUCUCCAGUGACUGUGGCGAUGGUGACAGUGUCUCCAGUGACUGUGGCGAUGGUGACAGUGUAA